GGGCUCGCCGCGCGGGGACCCCGCCGCCCGGAUUCCACUCCGGCGCCCGAGCCUGCGGGGACUCUUCUCCCGGGUGGGAGGCCGAGGCGCGGGGCGCCAUGGCGCUGCGUGCGGCCGUGUUCGGCCUGGACGGGGUCCUGGCGCUGCCCUCGGUCUUGGGCCACUUGGGCCGCGCCGAGAAGGAGCUGGCGCUGCCAGGGGGCUUUCUGCAUGAAGCUUUCAAGAAGGGAGGCCCAGAUGGUUCCAGUGCCCGCCUCAUGAGGGGAGAGAUCACAUUUUCCCAGUGGGUGCCGCUCCAGGAAGAAGACUGCAGGAAAUGCUCCCAGGACUCUGGAAUCCGCCUCCCUGAGAAUUUCUGUCUAAAUCAGAUCUUUGGCAAAGCAGUUUCAGCAAGAAAGAUCAGCCACCCCAUGCUUCAGGCAGCUCUUGCUCUCAAGAAGAAGGGAUAUACCACCUGCAUCCUGACCAACAACUGGCUGGAUGACAGCACCCACAGGGCUUGCCUGGCCCAGCUGCUGUGUGAACUGAGGCCGCAUUUUGACUUCCUGAUCGAGUCAUGCAGGAUCGGAAUGGCUAAGCCAGAGCCUGAGAUCUAUACGUUCCUGUUAGACACCUUGAAGGCCAGCCCCAAUGAGGUUGUUUUCUUGGAUGACAUCGGGGCUAAUCUGCAGCCGGCGCGUGACUUGGGAAUGGUCACCAUCCUCGCCCGUGACCCCGACAGGGCUCUGAGAGAGCUGGAGAGAGUGACCGGAAUGCAGCUUCUCACAUCUGCGGCCCCUCUGCCGGCCCCGUGCGAUCCAGGGGACAUGAGCCAUGGGUACGUGCCCACAAAGCCUGGGCUGCACCUGCAUUUUGUGGAGCAGGGCUCUGGCCCCGCCGUGUGCCUCUGCCAUGGAUUUCCUGAGAGCUGGUUCUCUUGGAGGUACCAGAUCCCUGCUCUGGCCCACGCAGGCUUCCGGGUGCUGGCUGUGGACAUGAAAGGCUACGGAGAGUCGUCUGCCCCUCCGGAAAUAGAAGAAUAUUCCAUGGAAAUAUUAUGCAAGGAGAUGGUGACCUUCCUGGAUAAGCUGGGCAUCCCUCAAGCUGUGUUCAUUGGCCACGACUGGGGAGGCAUGCUGGUGUGGAACAUGGCCCUCUUCUACCCUGAGAGAGUGAGGGCAGUGGCCAGUCUGAAUACGCCCUUCAUGCCUGCAAAUCCCGAAGUGUCCCCGCUGGAGAUGAUCAAGGCCAACCCUGUUUUUGAUUACCAGCUCUACUUCCAAAAACCUGGAGUGGCUGAGGCGGAAUUGGAACAGAAUCUGAAUCGGACUUUCAAAACCUUCUUCAGAGCAAAUGAUGAGACUUUUCUGUCCACGAGCAAAAUCUGUGAAAUCGGAGGACUCUUGGUGAGAACCCCAGAAGAGCCCAGCCUCAGCCGCAUGGUCACCGAGGGAGACAUCCAGUUCUACACACAGCAGUUCAAGAAGUCUGGUUUCAGAGGCCCCCUCAACUGGUAUCGGAACAUAGAAAGGAACUGGCAGUGGGGCUGCAGAGCUUCAGGACGGAAGAUCCUGAUUCCGGCCCUCAUGGUAACUGCGGAGAAGGACUUCGUGCUCACUCCGGAGAUGUCCAAGCAUAUGGAGAGCUGGAUCCCCCACCUGAAAAGGGGACACAUUAAGGAUUGUGGACACUGGACACAGAUGGAGAAGCCCUCCGAGUUGAAUCAGAUCCUCAUUGAGUGGCUGGAAACUGAUGCCAAGGACCCACUGGUGGCCUCGAAGCUCUAGGGUGUGUGGUGUGCCAGCCCCCAGCGGGUGUUCAGCCCUCUCAUCUUGAACCUAAGAUAGGGCCUCGCCUGCAUCUCUCAUAAACAGCAGCAUUGUUCAGAAGCGGUUUGUAACCAACAGUGGUUUUCUUUGAAGUUAGUCAAAUUUGGCAUAAUUUUAGAUACAGGAAAAAUCACAUGUGAUUAACUCUCCAGGUAUAAAUGCAUCACUUUAUCUCUAAGAAUGGUUUAUAUGUUUUGGGGGGAUAGGAUGGGGUGGCUGGGGGUGGUUUCUCUGACCAACCCAUUCAUAAUUUUGCAGCCAAAUCAGCAGUUAGUUUUGAAGCAUUUCAGCAGAGAUUGGAACUCCUUGAUUCAAUAAAACUAAGGCACCUGA